CAACAACAAAUACAGCUGACGUUUAUGUUAUGUUAAAUGAUAUAUUUCUCUCUUCUUAGAGCAGGACAUGCGGUAUAUUUUUAGUUCAAAACAGGCUGAGAGAUUUUAAUUAUAAACCAUAAUAGCAAUAGUUUGUUGAGUGUUAGGAUAAGUGGUUAUAGUCAAAGCGGUUCUGUGAGAUUUGAGGUUGUGUUCCAAUGUUAGAGAAUAACAUCUUCAAACUUUUGUUUCUUUUAGAGAAGUGUUAUCUGAGAUCAUAGUUCUGAAAGGUAAUGGAAACUUGCUGUGCAUCGUCAUGUUAUUGACAAACCUUUUGGAAUGGGUAAAGGAUUAAGUGGAGUUCUGCACUGUUUAAGGAUACCGCUAGUGUCUUAAUUCUUUGUGCUUUUGUGCUCUGAAUACAAUGCUUACAUCAGCUUCAUUGACCACGUGUCUAACACGAUUUAGUUAUGAACAUCCUCGUAACUUAUCACUUGGGAAAUAUGCAACUAGGAUUUCGAACUUUAUCCGUUAUCUGUCAUCAGGAGAAGUAUCGACAGCAUUACGUCCAUUUUAUUUUUCUGUGCACCCGGAUCUCUUUGGACAGCAUCCAAAUGAAAGGACAGUCAAUGAAAACUCUCUGAAACAGUUGAGCUCCUACUUAGAGAGCCUUCAACAGAGACGAAGUGUGCGACCCAUCUCCCUCAAGUUCUACUUGAGAUCACAAGCUGAUAAGGGUUUAUUUCGAAUGGUUACAUUAAACCUUCGUGAAAGUGAUUCACGAAAUGCAGUUUUAAGAGUACUGAAAUCCUGUAACCUUCCAACAACAUAUGUUGACAAUAUAACCAGUCCUCCUCCUCCUCCUAAAAAGUCAGACACUUUUACCAGGUCCCAGAAUAAGUCAGCUGCAUGGGAAAAAUAUGAAAGUAUGUUUAAAGAUAAUGAUGAUGCUCAGAUUAUUCGUGGUAUGGUAAGGAAAGCUAAAGAGGACGAAUGUUUACUACCAUGGUUAGAGAAGAAUAUCAAAGAUGCUGCCGAAAAACAAGCUGCCUGUUAUCCUUUACAAGAGGAAGUCAAACGAUUACAAAUGGAACUUGCUCUAAAUCUUGGUCUUAAGGAAAUUAUUUGGGACUGUGGGUGGAAUGUAACUCACUUUCGUGGGUGUUUGCAAAGUUUUCAAGCUCUUGCUCGUGACCAUCCUGAGCAAAUGCAAGUUCUGAAAGGGAGAACUUUAGUCUUUGGCAGUGAUACAGGUGUUAGCUGGAAAGGCAAUGUUCUUUUAAGUAGUGGUGAGGUGCGUCAUAAUUGGCUGGAUUUUUUGAAAAACGUUUGGCAGCAAGAUGCAGCUCUAGUAGUAAUACCUGCUAUGCAGAAAGCUGUAUCCAGAGUUCUUAGGGAUAUUAAAGUUGUCCACAGGAAAUUCCAGCCUUACAUAAUGGCAAGAAAUUAUGCCAAUCAGCUGCGUCAUUUGGUCACUUCUCUUAGUGAUCACCAGGGAUCUAGAGGAUACCCAAAAUCGUGGCCCAAAAGUUUAGAAAAGUUUGAGUUGGUAGUUGAACCGGAAGCGGGUCCUCUCAUGUUAUCACCUACUGGUCAGUUCAUUGUACCAUCAUCAUGUCCUGCUUCUCUGUUAGUUAGUUUCUUAAGCGAAAAUAUGUCAGAAGCAGAACGCUUGCUCAACAACUACAAAAUGAAUAAGCAUGUGGAGCGAGAUUUGCAUCAGCGAUGCAUAGAUGAAUUCAAGCUAGUAUCUCUGCACAAAGAAGAUAAUGUAACUCCAGAUUUAAUGAUAGCUUGUUGUACCAAACUGUUAGAACACAAGCAUCAGCUGAGUGCUUGUUUUGAAGGCCGCUGCUUGUGGAUCACAAGUUACUAUUCUAUCAUGUCUGAUGGACAGAUAUGUAUACCAUGGAAUUGGAAACUUUGAGUCAAAUGUGAAAGUAUGUAUUUCCUUAUUUCACUGAUUAAUACAACCUUAAAAAAUAUUAA